UCAUAUAUCGAAUUCGCGACCCUUUCUUCCUUUUCCGGUACGACGUGCCACGGGAGUUUGGGUAAUAUUUUUCGUCUUUCAUUCUCGUCAUUAUACGUUAGUUACAUCGCCUGCGAAUACACAAGCUGGCUUUCAUUGGACAGGGUAAAAUAAUCUGUUUAAUUAGAAAUCAUAUUUUUUGCAUUUAACACAUUCACUACUCCAAUCAUUCUUUGCGAUUGAUUUAUCUUUUAUCCGUACCCAAUCUGAUGGAAAUGUCAGCUUCUAGACAUAUACAUUGCUUCAUAAAAAUGCUUCCAUACUCUGCAUGACAACAUGAUUAACGUUUAUACAUUCAGACACUACAUUUUCGGUCUAUCUUGUACAAAUUACUGAAUAGCAGUAAGGAAAAUCCCUGAGCUCAAAUAUACUGCGUGCGCAUUUACGGUUUUUACGAAUAUUUCUUGAUGAACUGAGUGGUCACAUUAAUUUCGCUUUUGCAAUUAAAUAAUAUGAAUUUUAUGAACUUGAAAUUAAAUUACAAAUAAAUUACGUUUACUAAUUAAAUUUGUAUAUAUAAAUAUAUAUUUUAAUCGAUACAAAUUAAAUUUAUUAAUAUCGAAAAAUGUUUUUCUUAAACAUGGUCAUAUGAUCUGCCCGAUCACUGUAAUUGCGCAUAUACAGAACAAUCGAAAAACUGUCGCCAGGCAUUGUGGGUAAAAUAUCCAUGAGUAAUCAAAAUGGCUGUCUUACAACGAUUUCCGUUUUGCGUCUACGUUUAAAUAUAAUUCGCCCAAACAGAUAUUUCUAAAAUCUAUUGUUCAUAGAAUCGUAAAUAAUAAUUAUGUAAAAUCUAGUGAAAUGUGCUUUUUGAAUAUUUCAUAUAAUAGUGUACCAAAAAUUUUAGUUUUGAUUGCAUUUUACAAGACGUUCGUAAUAAAGAGGGUUUGGGUUGUUGGAGGGGAGAGAAGUGUGCGCGCGCGCGCGCGUUGCAUGAUGGGACAACGGUUGGGAAGACGGUCGGGGAGGGCGAAAGAACGAGUCGAGUUCACAAAAUGGCGGCCAAGCUCAGGCCCGUGACCAUAUAGUACGUGAAAAUUCGAUAAUUUUGCAUGAUGUCGCGACUCUAUAUACCAAUAGUCGUUUAACAUUACGAAUACGUGUUUACGGGGCAGUUUAAUUGUUAAAUUAACGUGAUCUUGUGCGUGGUGCGUGUAAUAUCGAGAUAUCGGUGCGACGCGCAGACGGGACGAUGCAGAAAACAUUAGAAUCUGAGUCUGGUAAGGAAUCUGGAUCUGAUUCUGAAAAUGAAAGCAAGAGUGAUAGCUCUUCUUCGGGGAGCAAUACAGGAUCUGGUUCAGGAUCAGAAAGUGACUCUAGCUCCUCGAGUGGUUCCGGUUCUGGAUCAGGCUCUGAUUCUGAGAAAUCAGAGAAGUCGGAUGCACCUGCACAAAGCGAUAGCUUCCAGAGCAAAAGUUCAAAUCACAGCACAGAAACAAAAGUUAGGCUUAAAAAUGAGUCUAGUCGUGAGUGGGAUGAGAAUCCUGAUAUAUAUGGCAUCAGGAGAUCCGGGCGAUCUAGAAAAGAGCCUGAAAGGCUUGCAACACAGCGUGAAAGCGAUAGCGAUAGUCGCAAGAAAUUUAAGAAAAAAAGUUCGCACAAUUCCUGGAAUUCAGAUUCUUCAGAUUCUGAGUCUGAUGAUAUUGAAAGUAGGAGACCUCCGCCUAGUAAAUCGCUAAACAGACGAGCGGCUCAAAAGGCAAAAGAAAAAGCCAGAGCACGGAAGAAAAGAAUUUCAGAGUCGUCUGAAAAUUCAUCCUUUGAUAGUGAUGAUAACAGAAGACAAGUUACAAGAAGAACUGGCACUGCAGUGAGUUAUAAAGAGGAAAGUGAAGAAAGAACUGACAGUGAAGACUUGGUAGAAGUUGAAGAAGGUAGCACUGCAACCGUAGAACCUGAUAAUGCGGAAACAAUCGAACGAAUUUUGGGACAGAGAAUUGGCAAGAAAGGAGUCACAGGAAAUGUUACAACAAUUUACGCUAUCGAAGAAAAUGGAGAUCCCAAUCCGGAAGACUUAUCUAAUGAAGAAACAGAAAUGCAAUAUCUAAUAAAAUGGAAAGGGUGGUCUCACAUUCAUAAUACAUGGGAGUCAGAGGAAUCUUUAAAAGCACAAAAAGUUAAAGGACUAAAAAAAUUAGAUAACUUUAUUAAACGAGAACGAGAAAUUCAGCAAUGGAGGGAUUAUGCAGGACCUGAAGAUAUAGAUUAUUUUGAAUGUCAAUUAGAACUUCAGCAAGAUCUCCUGAAAAGUUAUAAUAAUGUUGAAAGGAUUAUUGCUGAAUAUAAUAAGCCAGACUCUGAACACCCAGAUUAUUAUUGUAAAUGGGAGAGCUUACCAUAUGCCGAGGCUACAUGGGAAGAUGGAGCUUUGAUUGUUAAGAAGUGGCCAGAAAAAAUUAAGGAGUUUCGUGAUAGAGAAGAAUCAAAGAGAACGCCAAGCAAACACUGCAAAGUUCUGAAAUCGAGACCCAAAUUUCACCAGUUAAAAGGGCAACCAGAUUAUAUGGGUAAAGGGCGAGAAUUAACACUUAGAGAUUAUCAAAUGGAUGGAUUGAAUUGGAUGAUACAUUCUUGGUGUAAAGAAAAUAGUGUUAUUUUAGCAGAUGAAAUGGGUCUUGGUAAAACAAUACAAACUAUAUGCUUCCUUUAUUACUUGUUCCAUACACAACAGCUUCACGGGCCAUUUUUAUUAGUAGUUCCUCUAUCUACAAUGACUUCCUGGCAAAGAGAAAUGUCACAGUGGGCUCCAGACAUGAAUUUCGUAACAUAUUUGGGUGAUGUUACUUCUCGUAAUGUCAUUAGAGAAUACGAGUGGUGUUACAGUUCAAAGAGAUUAAAAUUCAAUGCCAUACUUACCACGUACGAAAUAGUACUUAAGGACAAAGCAUUUUUGGGUGCCUUAAAUUGGGCAGUGUUAUUAGUUGACGAGGCGCACCGAUUAAAAAAUGACGAUUCCCUUUUAUAUAAAGCACUAGCCGACUUUCAUACAAAUCAUCGGCUUUUAAUAACUGGUACACCGUUGCAAAACAGCUUGAAAGAAUUAUGGGCUUUACUACACUUCAUAAUGCCUGCUAAAUUUAAUUCCUGGGAAGAGUUCGAGAAAGAACAUGAUAACGCGGCACAAAAGGGGUAUUCGAAAUUGCAUAAACAAUUGGAACCAUUUAUCUUGCGACGCGUCAAAAAAGAUGUAGAAAAGUCAUUACCUGCUAAGGUUGAACAGAUUCUACGCGUGGAAAUGACAUCUUUACAAAAACAGUACUACAAAUGGAUAUUGACAAAAAAUUAUAACGCAUUACGAAAAGGUGUUAAAGGCUCUACUAUGACUUUCCUAAAUAUUGUUAUUGAAUUAAAGAAGUGCUGUAAUCACGCGUUUCUUACAAAACCUACGGAGAAUGAGAGAAAAGAUAAUAAUGAGGACUAUCUGCAACAAAUAAUUCGUGGUUCUGGGAAGUUAGUUCUUCUUGAUAAAUUGUUGGUGAGACUGCGGGAGACAGGUCACCGAGUAUUAAUAUUCAGUCAAAUGGUUCGGAUGUUAGAUAUUCUUGGCGAAUAUUUGCAAAAGCGGCAUUUUCCAUUCCAAAGGUUAGAUGGAAGUAUAAAAGGGGAAUUACGGAAACAGGCGUUAGAUCAUUUUAAUGCGGAAGGAUCGCAAGAUUUUUGUUUUUUAUUAUCAACUAGAGCAGGUGGUCUAGGUAUUAAUCUGGCUACCGCUGAUACGGUUAUUAUAUUUGAUUCUGACUGGAAUCCACAAAACGAUUUGCAAGCACAAGCCAGAGCACAUCGUAUUGGUCAAAAGAAUCAGGUAAACAUUUAUCGAUUAGUAACAAAGAAUUCUGUAGAAGAAGAAAUAGUAGAAAGAGCGAAGCAAAAGAUGGUCCUCGAUCAUCUUGUGAUUCAACGGAUGGAUACGACUGGUCGUACAGUAUUAGAUAAAAAAAACGCAGGGACCAAUAACAAUCCAUUUAACAAAGAAGAUCUAAAUGCUAUUUUGAAAUUUGGCGCUGAAGAUUUGUUCAAGGAUGAAGAAGAUGGAGACGAAGAGCCGACUUGCGAUAUCGACGAAAUCCUAAGAAGAGCGGAAACAAGAGACGAAGGGCCUUCAACGGUAGGAGAUGAAUUGCUGUCUGCAUUCAAAGUAGCUAGUUUCGCUGCAUUUGAAGAAGAGUCUGAACCUGUUAGUCAACCAAAUGACAAUGAUGAUGAAAGUAAAGACUGGGCGGAAAUUAUUCCAGAAAAUUACAGGAAAAAAGUUGAAGAAGAAGAAAAGUCGAAAGAAAUGGAAGAUCUAUAUUUACCACCAAGAAGUCGAAAAACUCUACAACAAAUUAAUCAAAGUGAAGGAAGAGGUAGAAAACGAAAGAAGGCUGAUGAUAGUGAUGAUGGAGAAGACUCUGGAAGUGAAGCUGAAGGUAGUGAUGAUGAACGUCCUAAGAAAAGAGGUAGACCGAGGGUUACUCCUCGGGAAAAUAUAAAAAGCUUCACUGAUGCAGAAAUACGAAGAUUUGUGAAAAGUUACAAGAAAUUCCCUGCACCAUUAAAACGUCUAGAUGAUAUAGCAGCAGACGCGGAAUUGCAAGAAAAACCAAUGUCAGAAUUGCGUUUCUUGGGAGACCAACUGAGAAGUAGAUGUGAUGCUUGUAUAACUGAAUUUGAAAGUACGGCCAAAGAAAAUAAAGGGGAAGAAGAGGGUAAAGGUCCAGGCCGUAAAAGAGGUCGAGGUCCGACAUUUAAGAUUGGUGGUGUUAUGGUUAAUGCAAAAUCUUUCUCGGCAGCAGUAAAGGAACUUGAACCUUUGGAACAAGCUUUGCCAUCAGAUUCUGAACAGCGAUCGAAUUGGCAUAUAGAUGCCAAAUUAAAACCUGCCAACUUUGAUGGUGAUUGGAGUUCUGAAGAUGAUUCUAGACUUCUGAGAGGCAUAUACCAACAUGGCAUGGGUUCAUGGGAAGCAAUAAAAAUGGACAGUAGUUUAAAACUUGGUGACAAAAUUCUUCCCAAUAGUAAGCUCCAAUUAAAAAAAAUUAAUGCACGAGCUGAAUACCUGUUAAAAGUACUAAAGAAACAAAUUGAUACCAAAUUAGGAGUGACUAAAGCAAGGAAACCAAGAAAGGCAAAAGAAGUGAAAUCUGCAAUUACGAAAGAAAUUAUAGAAGAAAAUGACAGUUCAGGUGAUGAAAGUAGUAAAGCUAAAUCAAAAGUGGAAAAGCCACCCGUGAAGAAAGAGGAAGAGGUGGUUGUCAAAAAAGAAACUAAAGAAGAAGUUGAAGAUGUCCCAGAAGAGAAGAAGAAGGACAAAAAAACUAAAAAGGAGAAGAAAGAAAAUAAAAGGACUAAAAAGACUAAACAAGCUGCUGGGCCAAUGCAUUUUACUGCUAAUAACGAACCAAGAGCUCUUGACGUUCUUGGAGACCUAGAUCCUUCUAUAUUUAACGAGUGCAAAGAAAAAAUGAGACCCGUAAAGAAAGCACUUAAAGCUUUAGACAGGCCUGAUCAGUCUUUAAGUGAAGCAGAGCAAGUUGCUCAUACAAGGCAGUGCCUUGUACAAAUUGGAAAUCAAAUUAAUACCUGCCUAGAAGAAUACAGGGACCCAGAACAAAUUAAAGAGUGGAGAAGUAAUUUAUGGUACUUUGUGUCAAAGUUCACAGAAUUUGAUGCAAAAAAACUUUAUAAGUUAUAUAAACAUGCGACUAAGAAGGGUGGUGACGGUAGUAUGAGUGCUACAUCCAGUCCAGAAAAAAAGGAAGAAUCUAGUAACCCUAAGAAGCAUACUGACAAAACAUAUGACAAACAUAUCGAUAAACCGCAAGUAGAUACUAAUAAAGAAAGAUCACAAAAACGUAGAGUCGAAGAUAUGGAGGAAACAUCUAAUAGUAGCACGCCAAGUAAGAAACACUUCUCAGCCAUUUCUGCUGUAAGCAGUAUCAGCAAUACGUCUACGGUUACUAUUGGUGCUAUCACUAUUACUCCUAUUACAUCGACUCCAAAUUCUACAUCAAGUACCACUAAUAGUACGGACACGCCGCGACAUAAAGAAAAAGAGUCGAAACACAACAAGGAUGUAAAAAGAGAUAGGGAUCGCGACAGAGAUAGAGACAGAGCACAUGGUGAUAGGAGUAUGGAUAGAAUGAGUGGAGGAAAAGACGAGAGGAUCAGACGAGAUAGCGGUGGUUAUAGCAUAAGUGGUCACUAUAGUGGUAGCAGAGAAGAUGAUCAUUGGCUGUCGCGUGAUGGAAGAGAUAUGAGAGAUGGAAGAUUUGGAGAUCACAAACGUGAUCGCUUCGAUUCUUACGGACGAAUGUCCAGUGGAUAUCACCGUGACAGAGACAGAGAUCGUGAUCGAAACAUGCACAUGAAUGAUAAAAGAAGUGAUUAUUACAGAUAUCCGUCAGGACCGCCAAGUUAUGGAUAUGGCCCAGGAGGAUAUGGCGGUGGUGGUGGUGGUGGCUACCCUCCUUCAGAUAUUCCCCCAAGCCACUUUAGAGGGCGAGGUUAUCCCGGAGACGGGUAUCCUAGCGACUGGCGAUCAAACAAAGAUUAUAGACGGGACUAUGAUAGAAGACCUCCUCCACCAAAUGCCAACUCCUAGUGCUCCUUCCUUGUUACCGUACUUGAAUGCGUUGUCGAACAAUUGUAAUAAUUGAGGGCGCCUUGUGUUGUUCUAUCUGACUGAGCACUGAACAUUAUUGCUCGCUUAAAUGUGGCUAUAUACGAAAUUCUUCACACAGUUUAUUCUGUGAUUUACUACCACUCAUGACUUGUACCUAUGUAUAAAAAGUCUAUUCCAAAUGCUUACUUAAAUUACGGAGAAAGAUCAGAAAAAGAAAGAGAGGAAGACAGAAAGAUAGUAAACAUCUGUCAUGGGUCUUCAUGGCCUUCCAAAUUUAUGAAGGAGAGGUGCAAGAUAUAGCAAGGUAAGAUAAUAUCGGUGAAAAUCGAUACAUUAUAUCUUAUUAUACUUAGAUAUAUCAUAUAUAUCUUGCAACCACAGUGAUCCUUAACUUUGUAUUUUCUUCAAACAUUUUGUCACACACGUUUUAUUACAGUGCAAUUAUAGCAAGAAUCAUCCAAUAACGAACAGAAAAUCAAAUUUGUUUUUAUUUUCUUUAUUU